AUGGUUACUUUCUUUCUCGUUUAUAUGUUUGCUCCUAAAAUAAUUUGCUGGAACUGUAGGGGGAUUUCCAAUCGAGAUACUUCUAACCGGAUUCUAAAGUUUCUUCGUCAGGAUAAGCCUUCUGUGUUAUGUCUUGUAGAGACCCGUGCGGACUCUUCCAGAGUUGAUCGGCUUAUUAGCAAGCUUUCUCGUCUUUGGAGAUGGGCUGCGAUCCUGGCCAAUGGCUAUUCGGGAGGCAUAAUGGUUAUUUGGAAUUCUCGUUUGGGUUUGGUAUCCCCAAUUGCUAUUUCCAGGAGAGCCUUACACUUAAUUAUUUCCUAUGAUCAAUCUCAUUCUUGGUUGAUAUCAGUCAUCUACAAUGGUACUCGCCUUUCUUCCCAAACGGAUUUAUGGUUUGAACUUUCUAAACUUUCUACUCUUGAUUUUCCAUGGCUUAUCAUUGGGGAUUUUUAUUCCAUCAUUUCUUCUAAUGAUCAUAAAGGUGGCUCUUAUAGGCAUUAUUCCUGUAAAGCUGCCUUGUUUUCUGAUUUUAUUAGUAGCAAUAGGCUUUUGGAUCUUCAUUAUAUUGGCUCUAAUUUUACUUGGUGUAAUAAUAGAUCUGGUGCAGCUAGGAGAUGGGCCCGUCUUGAUCGUUGUUUAGUCAAUCUUGUGUGGUAUUCCAUGUUUAAUUCUUAUUCACUUACCUAUUUGCCUCGAUUGUUUUCUGAUCAUGCCCCGCUUCUACUUACUGUUAAUAAUCGGAAUGCUAGAAGGUUUUUUACUUUUAGAUUCAACAAUAUUUGGUUUGACUAUUUGGGUUGUCAUGAUGCUAUUCGGAAAGCCUUUGAUUGCACUCCGCACGGUAAUGCUUUACAUGCCUUUUCACAUUUCUUAUCUCGUGCUCGUGCUAAUAUUAAAUCUUGGUGUAAAGUUGGUUUUAAUGACAUCGAUUCUGAGCUUAUUUCAACUGAGAUGGCAAUUCGAGUUGCUGAGCAUCAGGAUCUCACCUCUAUUGGUAAUUAUUCUCAACUUUCUAACCUUUAUGCGAAAUAUAGUGCUUUGCAAGACAGGAUUCCAUCAAGUGGGCCCAUCGCAACCACAUGCUUUGGAUCUGUAAUGGAGAUAGAAAUACCAGAUUCUUUCAUAACACAGCCCGUAUCCAUUUUUUCGACUCUACCGGAUGACUUGCCUUGUCUUUCAUCAGAGGAUGGUGAGGUUCUUAUCCGGGAAGUUACUAAAGAAGAGAUUUAUCGUAUUGUUAUGGAUCUCCCCUCAGGUAAAAGCCCUGGUCCUGAUGGUUUUAAUGCAGAAUUUUAUCGAUUCUUUUGGAAUGACAUUGGGGAUCAUUUGUUUGCUGCCAUUAAUAAGUUUUUUAAGAAUGGUUCCCUCCCUGCUUCUUGGAGUCAUACUUAUAUUACUCUUAUCCCUAAGAAGGACAAUCCCACCUUGGUUUCUGAAUUUAGACCUAUCUCUCUUUGCAAUGUGUGUUUUAAAAUUUUAUCUAAGGUUAUGGCUAACCGACUUAAGCUUGUUCUCCCACACCUUGUUGGUCGAGAGCAGGCUGGGUUUGUGGCUGGCCGUAGUCCUUUCGAUAACAUUAUUGCCCUUCAGGAGAUUGCUCACUCUAUAGAGAAUGAUCUUACCCACCCCCCUAGGAUGAUUGUAAAAAUCGAUAUAGAGAAAACAUAUGAUUCUAUUUGCUGGAGUGCAAUUCUUGCCACUUUAACCAGAAUGAAUUUCCCUCCAAUUUGGAUCUCUUGGAUUAAUACCUGUCUCCCUACCUCUUCUUUCUCCAUUCUAGUCAAUGGUGAGCCUAGUUCUUGGUUUAUUUCUUCUCGAGGCAUUCGUCAGGGUGAUCCAAUAUCUUCUUACCUUUUCAUUUUAGUCUCCCAAAACCUUACCUCUAUGCUUAAUUUUGCUCUUCACAGGAGUUGGAUUCCUGGGUUUGAUUCGAGAUUAGCUUUUAACUUCAAUCACCUUAUGUAUGCCGACGAUCUAGUUCUUAUUACCCAAGCCUCUAGAAAAACUGCCAGAAAUAUCAAGUUUUGCCUUGAAUUAUAUGGUCGUCUUUCUGGCCAACACCCCAAUUUUAACAAAUCAGCAAUAUACUUUCCCUCUUGGUUUAACGCUAGAGUUAAGAGAAGUAUUUGUUCUAUUCUGAGCUUUUCUCAUGCCUCUUUUCCUUUUACUUAUUUGGGUGUUCUUAUUUCCCCUAAAAGGAUUGCGAUGAUCUCCUUUAACCCCAUGAUUGACAGAAUUCGUAGACUCUGCACCACUUGGAAACAUUCCAAACUUUCUCAGCCUGCUAAAGUAAUCCUUAUUAACUCCUCCAUUUUCUCUAUUCCAACUUAUUACUCCACUGUUUAUACUCUUCCAGAUACAGUCCUCAAAGAAAUUGACAAAAUUGUGAGGGAUUUUUUCUGGUACAAAGGUGGCAAUGGAAAGGGCAUCCAUGCUAUUGCUUGGGCCAAUUUAACCCUGCCCAAGCCUGAGGGGGGUCUUGGUAUUAGAAAUCUCUCUAUUGCUAAAAUCUCUUUAAUGGCUAAUAAUGUUUUCAAAUUUUUGAAUAAUAAUGAUUCAAUAUGGGUUAAUCUUCUUCGGUCCAAAUAUGACAAUUUCAAUUUUUGGAAGGAUCAUAUCCCUCAGGGUUGUUCUUGGUUUUUUAGAGGGCUUUGCCACACUGCCACUCAUUUAAAGCCUCACUGUUUUAUGAAUUCGGUGAAUCCCAACUUGGCUUCUUUCCUUUAUGACCCUUGGUGUGAUAAUGUCCCUCUAGCUUUCAAUCCAACCUUUUGCAAUAUGUCCCGGAAUUUGGAUGAUUUCCAGAUAUCUGAUUUCAUUACUCAUGGUACUUGGGACACUCACAACCUUCAUUCUUUAUUUGAGGAUAAUUUAACCCAUUUUAGAGGGAAACAUGGUCAAGUUGAUGAUGCUACCCCUUGUUAUUGGAUCUGGGUUCCCAAGUCCUCUAGGUGUCGAAUCUCUUCUAAGGUUUAUCAUUUCUUUAAUCAUACUACUCAUGAUUUCAAUCUUUGGACUGGAUGGAGGAAGAUUUGGAAUCUUAAGGUUGCCCCCAGAGUCCAGCAUUUUAUUUGGACUUGCCUUAAUGGCAAGCUGGCUACUUAUGACUAUCUCUAUGGGAUUAAUUCUGGUCCCCGUAAUUAUUGUGUUCAUUGUGGAUUGGAAUUUGAACAUACUGAUCAUCUUAUGGUUUCCUGUCCCAAAGCUCACUCAAUUUGGCUCAUGGUCAGCAGCUUGGUUGGUCAUAUUUUUGAGUUUCCUGAGGGUUUCUGUAAUGGUUCUUGGAUCACUUGUAGGAAUUACUCAGUUUUUCAUAAAUCUGUUAUAGCUGCAGUGACUUGGUAUAUAUGGAAGCACAGAUGUGAUGUUGUGUUUAAGCAGUCUGAGUUCAAUUUCCCUGGUAUACCUGCACGAGCUUUGGCCCAUGUCCGGAGCUACUUCACUGCUACUGACUCGCUUCUCGGCCGGAAAUUAUUGCUUAACAACUUCUCGGAUGCGGAUGGUCCAUUUCUCUUCAUCUCGACUACACAUGUUCCAAAUAAUGAGGUAAGUGGUUUUGGUUUCUUCAUUUCUGAUCAUCGCAGGACCAUUAAUCUUGCAGGCUGUGGGCCCGUUGUCGGAAAUUCUUGUGCUUUGCUUGAGCUCCAUUCUUGUCGAAUCAUUCUGGAUGAACUGUCAACAGCCCAGCUGCGUCUUCAUCAUAUUUUUACAGCUAAUAGAGAUGUCUUUCAAGCAUUGAAUGGUGAUCAUAUGACUAUUGAUAUUCCGGUUCGAAUCUUCAAUCAAUGGGUGCUGGACAUCAGUUGUUUGCUUAACUGUAUUGGCAACCCCCGUCCUCACCAAGUCCCUUUUGAGUGGAGCUCUCCAGCUUAUAAGCUUGCUAGCCACGGCAGAAACCUGCAUACCAUUACUCUCUACCAUCAGGGUAGAGAUCUCCCGAAGUGGAUCAUGAAAAGCAUUUCUACUGCUGGGUUUCAGUUUUAG